AAUUGUUCAACGGCGCAGACAUCAUCGAACAUCAACAACAACAUUAAAGCCGACGACGUGACAAUUGUAAAUGAACCAUUAACCACUUACUAUAACUCAUUUUUCGGUUUAGUUCGAGUGUUUCUAUUUACAUUAAAGUGAAGUUCAGUUCCAUAUAUUGCCGUAAUGGCUGCAAGGGCCGCCCUGAGGCUGCGACAGGUGCUGAAGACGCCGCCGUCGGAAUGUCGGGCCUUAGGAGGAGGAGGAGGAGGAGGCCUAAGGUUCCUGUCGCCCUGGUGGUCGAGUCGGUCGUACUGUUCCGCCGUCAAUAUUUAUAAUGAAAAAGACCCGGCACCUUAUUUCUUCGAUGAAAGAGUGCAGGAUGUAUUGAAGAAAUUAACUGGAGAAGAUUUGAACAAAGUGUUCAGGACAAGAUUGUUGGAGAAGAGGUUAAAUGUGCCACAAUACCAAUUCAUGACAACAGAAGAACUGGAGGCGUAUAUGGCACAGGCAAGAGAAAAGGCCAGUAAACUUCUCCAGAUGCCUCCAGUUUUGAAGGAGAGAGAACCAAUUGAUGAAGUACUUUCAAGUGACCCAGCUAUAUCAGGGUACGACACCGCAAAAUUCAUUUUUACCGACAUCACUUUUGGAAUGUCGGAUAGAAAACGUGUUGUUGUUGUGCGUGAGCCAGAUGGGACCCUAAGGAAAGCAUCAUGGGAAGAGAGAGAACGUAUGAAUCAGAUCUAUAACCCCCGCCCAGGCCGACAGCUACAUAAACCUGUAAUGUUUGAAGAUGAAUAUUUAAAGGAUGUAUUAUCACAAGAGAAGUAUGAGUUCAUACUGGAGCGAGCGUGUGCCCAGUUUGACCCAGAUGAUCCCACUUACCAGAGAGCAUGCAGCAUGACAUACGAUGCUGUUGAUGAAAAACGCAAGUAUGAUGCACUGCAUUCUACGCGGCAUUAUGGUCCCAUGUGCUUCUAUCUAGCAUGGCACAAAAAAAUGGACAAUUUGUUAAUCAAGUUUAUACAAGAGGAAAAAUUGCCGGACUGUGUAAGGUUGAUUCAGCUUUACCAUCACAUCCACAAAGACAGUGAAUCAGCUUUUCAAAAUAUUCCUCCAAAUGAACAAAUGAGUUUUGUUAAGACAUACACAGAGGAAGAAUCGUUGCGUCGACCACAGCUGCAGCUUGCAAUCCAGCAGUAUGAAGAUCUGCUUAAUGAGCGACAGGAAUACAAAGAAAGCGUACAGAAGUCACACGGGCUAUAGCUUGUCUUAAUGUACGACGAUAUACUUGUCCAUCAUAUAAACGUUUGCUAAAACUGAUUUUUUUUUACUUGAAAUGUAAAUAUAUGAAUGUAGACUAUAGUAAAUAGAAAUUUCUUAUCCUUUUAAGAUUAAGGUUUGUUCAGGUCUGUUUGUAAUAUUUUCUUUUGGUGUGUUCUUAGGAAUCACAAGCCUUCAAAAUUCGUACUUCAAUAUUUGAUUAGGUUGAGCAAGUGUUGUGAUGGAUAACAGCUGGAACAGAAGUUUGCAUGAUAAAUUGUUUGGGUAUAUCUCCAGCAACUUCCAUAGAAUUGAAUCAGAUUCAGCAAGAAAAUGAGCAGUGUAUAGGUCAAAAUAGACAAUCAUGCAAGCACUGUAUGCUGGAUAUGGUCAAAUUUUGACAUUGACCUGAUUAGGCUUGCAAAGCAAAAUUAAAACAAUUGAUUAAAGACUAAGAAACUCUAUAACUGGACUAUACAGAAUGACCCAGUUGGUCCCAGUGCCUGGUCUUUAGCCUGAAGCUUGCACUUUUUAUAUAAACAAGAUUAUGGUUGUUUUGUUGACACUGAUUUAUCAUAAAGUUUUUUAUUUUUGUGUCUGGUACGUGGAAUAAGUAGAGGAUAGAGUGCAUGUAAAAUGCAGAUGGCCUGAACUGUAGUUGAUAUGUUAAUUUUGUUUGCGAUUAACAUCAUUCAUCGUGAGCCCACUGACUUGAAAAGUAGAAUGUAAAGUAUUGUCAAGAACUUGGACAUCAGUUGUAAGAAAUUUGCUUGAUUGUGCUUCAACAAUUCAGCAAGUGUGUAGUGCCUCAGUGUCAUGAUCGGUAUGCUCUUGACUUGCCACCUCGGUGGCCGUGAGUUCGAUUCUCGGGAAUUCCUUUGAGGUGUUAGAGAUGUUAUUUCUGGUGAUAGAGGUUCACUCUUGGCGUGGUUUGGAAAUCAUGUAAAGCCGUUGGUCCCGUUGCUGAAUAACCACUGGUUUCAUGCAAUGUAAAAACACCCUACAAACAAAACAAAAACAAUUCGUCAAGUGUGGGUGGCAUGUUGUAUGUGACAUGAUAUUUUUUUUUAUUAGAAAUUUUUCAUGUUCUGAUUCAUAAAAUGUGCUAAACCCAAGCAAUAAAAUACUAUGGCAAUAGGGUUAAUGCUGCACUUCACCCCUAGAUUAUUAUCAGCAUAUACAUUGUAUCUUAGUUUUCCUUUAAACGGGUUAGAAAUAAAGUUAAUUCUCUCCAGUUUUUCAUGUGAUCUUUCUGUCUUGAGUUUCCAUCAGAUAUUGGUCUUCAUCUAUUGUUAUUUCCAUUAACCUGGACUAUUCAGGUUUUCAUCCUGCUACUUUCAUAUCUACUGCUUUUCAGACCAGUUGUUCCUCAACUGUGUCAUCAUUCUGCACGUUUGUAAUUGAGACAAUUUUGGUAUCACACACACACACACACUGAGGAGGCCUAGUUUGUGGCAUAUAUAUACAUAUAUUGAAAUAAUUUCAAAAGAUUUGUAGAGACAAAACUUACUUGUCUUUGGGAGAUAGUGUGGGACUUGCCCAUCGUGAAGGAGUUCUGUAUGAUUUAACUGUGGCUGUGUCCGUUUUCAGAAGCUGUUCACCACUGUUUGUCAACCCUAAUAAUUUUGUUAAAGCAUAAGUAAUUAGAAGAGUCCUUAUCUGUGGAGUAUAAAAAUGAUCUUGGGAGCAAAAAUGAUAUGAAACUUAAAAUUUCAUGAACUGGUUUUGUUUGUUUCAUGGUGAACUUAG